ACAACGCGUCAUCGCAACUGCACCAUGAUACCGUAACCCUCAGACAUCUGUAAACCACAAUACUGCAACAAAGUAAACGGACGGGGCGCAACGUCUACGACUAUGCGACGGUCGCGCGCCGCAGCGCGUCUCGAUGAUACCCAUGACAUCCAAGACGAUGAGGGCCAUCACCGCAGCGACGACGACGAUAUCCCCCUGCACCAUAAGCCAGGUUUCGGCGCCGGCCUGAAGCGUAAGCGCGUGGAAUUCGUCAAAGCACAAGAACCUGAUGCCGGGAUUACGGCGGUUAGUACCACAUCAUCGCCUGGUCGCAGUAUCGGAGAUAUCUAUGCCAGCAUUGUUCUGAGAAAAAGCGACUCGAAAGAGCCCACAGCGAAGACGCCAGAGGCGCUUGAUAAAGCCGAGUCAUCGAAAGAGCCCGAGAUAUGCGCUAGUUGCUCAUUGCCUAUCACAACCUCACUUCAAGAGCAUGAAUCAACCUUGGCGCAUCAAGUGUCUCUGAAGCACUCGCAUCCACCAUCAUCGUUGGAUCGAUCGAGGAUCGGUCUGCGGGCUCUAGCUUCUCAGGGCUGGGACCCUGAUGCAAGAAUUGGCCUGGGCAAAGAAGGCGAAGGCGUCAGGUUCCCAAUCAAAGUCACUAGCAAAGACGACAAUCUCGGCAUUGGAGCCGCCGAGGAGAUCAAGCGGCGGCAGGAGGAGGCAGCCAAGAAGAAGCAGCCUGUGGUGCAAGAAGAGGUGAAAGUGCUCUCAGCAAAGGAGUUGAAGGUACAGGCUGCGAAAGAGAGACAAAAUGCAGUAAAACUACAAGCUGAAAUAUUUGGUAGAGACGAUUUGGAGAAGUACUUGACACCUAGAAAAGAAUGGGAAUAGAGGAACCACAAGGCCGUAAAUUUAUCACAAUCAUAUAGCAAAGAUGGCAUUUAUA